UAUUAUAAUUUAAAUGCACUUUCAUACAUAUUUUCUCUAAACACCACAUUGUUGUGUUCGUUUAGUGAAUUUGGGAGAGCAUCAUUUAAAAUUACCCGCUACUUAUGAUAUACUAAAAUGGUCAAAGCACGUUAUGUUUAAUUUGCCGGAAAAAUAUUACCCAUGCAGUUAAACAAAACCGUGUGUAAGGAAUGGUGUAUAAUGUUUGAAAGUAGUUUAUUGUUAUCUUAUUGUAUUAAAUAACAUCAACUAUUGUUGGACAGGCGAUCAGUCAUUAAUGUUAACAUAAUAUAUAAAAGCUUUUCCCUAGUUACUCAUUUACUUCAUUGGAUAUGAUUUUUAGACUCUUCAGUCAGGUUAUACGGAAAGUAUAUAAAUAAUUUAUUAAUUUUAUUAAUGAUACAUAGUUCGGCAUAAGUUAUAACAAUGUCUCGACGAAACGAGAAGGAAGAUUUACAAAUAUUGCAAGAAUUGAUUCCUAACGCCACACCAGAAUCAUUGCGAGUUUUUCGAGACUGUAUGAGAAUAGAGGCUGUAUAUAACGCUGCACUUCCUUAUGGAAUUAUAUCUGCAGUAACAGCACAUAUGCUGAUUCCUAAGACACGAGGAAUACUAAAACCUGCUAUAACAGCUGCUGUAGGUGUAACAAUGUCCUUAUUUGGAAAACUAUUUUAUACACCAAAAUGUUAUCAAAAAGCAUUUGGUACCAUGGAACCAUUUAAAAGGAGGCACAACCAAGCUGAUAAUAUUAAUCGACAAGAACAGCAGAGUAAAUAUCUUGUAUCUUCCGCUGAUAAUUUACAGGAAGAAGAACCAGUUUGGGAUAAUAUUGAUACCCAAUUUGAGAGCUAUCCAAAUGAAUUCGAUGAUAUAAGUGGUAAUUUAAAAGAAGAGUCAACAAAUGAUCAACAAGGAAAGAAGCGUGUAACAUAUGAUGACUUAUGGAUGCAGCAUAGAGAACAACAAAUGAAGAGCCAGUAUAGUGAUAUUCAAAAUUAUCUCUCCACAAAUGACGCAAGGAGAGAGCCAGUUCGAAGGCAACAGACGAGGUUUCCACAAAAAUCAGCAGUUCCUGAAACAGAAUUCGAUGAGAAAGAAACGUGGAAUUGAAGCCAAGAAUUGAACCAUAUUUUCGAAUACAUACGGUUAUUGCCAAUUGUCGUAUAAUACGAAAUUUUGAUAGUAAUAAAGAUAGUAAUAAAAUUAUAGAUGUUGAAA